AUGCAGUACUGUGUGGAUCAUCCAGAGGAGAUCAGCAAGCUUGCAAAGGUGAAAGCUCAGGUUUCAGAAGUCAAAGGGGUGAUGAUGGAAAAUAUUGAGAAGGUUCUAGACCGUGGAGAGAAAAUUGAGCUUCUGGUAGAUAAAACAGAUAGCCUUAGCUCUCAGGCACAACACUUUAAGACACAAGGAACACAAAUGAGGAGGAAAAUGUGGUUGCAGAACAUGAAGAUAAAGCUGAUAAUCCUUGGCAUUAUCGUUGCUCUGAUUCUUAUCAUAGUUUUAUCAGUCUGCUCUAAAGGCAAAUGUCAUUAGUGUGUGGAUUCUUCAAUAUAUUUUGCUUAUGCAGAUAGUUGAUGGUCGUUCGUGUUGCUUCAUCUUUCAAUUACCUUAAAUUUAUUUGCCUAAUUUUUUUCCCUCUAAUAGUCUGUACUUUGCGGGACUGCUUGUACAGUUUGUAUUAGAAAUUAGAAGUAUUAGUUAGGAUAAUUGGCACAAAACGUCCCUACCUUUCGAGUGUACUGUGGAAAACGUUCCUACGUUUCAUUUUUUGGCAUUUUUGCCC